AUGCAUGACAUCUCUAAGUGUUCAGACAACCUAAACUUUCUGGAUUUGCUUGCAACCGUUCGUGCCGACCAAAUUCACUCAGGAUCAAACAAUACGCGCACAGGACCGUAUUUGAUACGAUACUCCACAUUCCUCAACCACUUACAAAGAAUUGCUAUACAUUGUGGCCUUCAAUUGUCUUCAGGUCCAUGCUCGGGUGGUGGAACAUCUGCUGGAGCAUUAGUGUGGAGAUUAACAUCUGAGUGCUUUGCAGUAGUAGUUGCUGCAACUAAUAACUCUAUCACAACUUCUGAUUCGACUUAUAACAACUCACCAGAACUGACAGAUCUUAUCUCGAUUGCCGCAGUUUAUUUCGAGUUUAAUCAUGAUAAAGCUGUGCCUUGUCCGGAGCUGGCCACUGAUCUCAGUAUGGGCAAAUAUAGUUCAUUACUACAGCAUGUAGAUAAUCUUCUGACGAUAUAUGCAGUUCCGGGUGAUAAGAUUGAUCGUGCUCGAACCUACUUAUGUUUACAGGCUCUUGAGAAAGAUUUGAGUAUGCUGACUCAGGCAAUGAGAACUGACUUAGAAAAUAAUAUCGAUGCCAUAAGUACAUUUAGGCGAGCACCAAAUCAGAAACAUGAUGUAUUUAGUAUGCGUGACCUAGUAAAUCGUUCACUCGUUGGACACUUUGUUGGACGUACAGGAGGCCGGCUAGCUAGACUUACUUACCUAGUCACAUCUGCACAGGCUAUGAUCAGUAAUGCAACUGGAGUAAUAAAGAAUAAUUUACAAAUGAAUUCAAAAAGUACAUAUUCAUCUAGUAUUGGGUGCGGAUCUCGUGAUGGUCUUAUUGGAGGCUAUAUGGCACGCAUCGGACUUUGUCCUAGAUUGUCGUAUGUAGAGGAUACUUCCGCAGUUGCCCAGUCUACAGUUCAACGACUUCCAUUUAUGCCUUUAGUGACACUACAGAAAGAUGCUUAUGGUAUAAGUGUCCCUCAUUUUGCUCAACCAGAUGAAAUCAAGUGUAUAUCAAUUGAAGCUGAAUUCGUACUACAUCUAGAUCCUCCUUUACCAAUCUCAACAGAUGCAAUUCAACAACUUGAGCGUACUACAGGUUUAAGUAAUACAGAAAUCAUAGAUCAGAAAGAAGAAGAUAUAGUUUUAUUGAUUUUACGGAAAUAUAAACAAGAACAUUUGUAUGGAAUAAACACACAUUUACAAAACCCAAAUAUUACACAACAUAGUUAUCAAAUUAAGAGUGAUGUCAAAGCCUAUCUUGUCAGCUCAGUUCCAUUUACAUGUUCAGAUCAAAUUGGUGAAAUUAUUUCUAUUCUUCGUAAACAAGCAUCAGCUUUAGCGUUUUAUGAAACAUUUAUUGUUCAUCCUGAUAAACCAGUGGAAAAAGAUGACGCUUUAACGUUCUCGUUUAAUAUUAAAAUCAUGGGUGGUCAGAUGAUUUCACUAGAGUUUGAUGAUCCUAAUCGUCUGGGAGCGAAGAUUCAUGCUUCUUUACAUGUGCGUCCGUUCGAUGUCCAGUGUCUGGAAUUAAAUUACUUUUCAAAUACACAUGAUCGCUUGAAUAGUAACUGUCCAAGUAAUGACAAAGAAGUAGAUGUCAUGCAACUGAAUAAGCUAGACAUAGAGUCUGGAGGUAAUCUCAAAGCUAACUUCAGCAAAAUUCUCACAAAAACACAUACAUUACCAAUUGGUUUUGUCUGGUUGCUAACUCAACUCCAAUGUCCUGUUCAUAAACAGUUGGUAAGCCUGAAGUUGCCUGUAACCAAUUCAUAUAAUAGUACUGAGAAUAAGGAAAGCUAUUCAUCAGUCAGUCAAAAUCAAUUGACUUCUUUAAGGACAAUGCUUAAUCGUGUUAAAUCAUCUAUUAUAAUCCGUGGGGCUAACGGUACUGGUGGUGUACUUUGUGGUGGAGAUCGAAAAGUUUCAUUGGAUUUUGAAUCUUCCUCAUCAUUCGCUGCAGCACAAGUAUUUGCUUUAAAUACACCAAACUAUUUGAACAAUGCUAAAAAGAUACCUCCUUUACCUCCAGGUGUCAUGGCAACACCUCCUCCUGCGUUUACUCAUUUGGAUACAAGCUCAAGUGACCUUGGCAUUAUAUCAUCUUUGCGACCUGUGAACUCUCAAGGCAAAUUACGUGAUAUGCAUCCCAAUUCCAGUUUACCAGCUGUCUCAACUAAUCCAUCCCGUGGGUUAAGGCUGGAUGACUUAUUAGUUGAUAGUACAUUUCAAACACAACAACAGUUACAGCAGCGUAAUCCACCUCCCAUUUCUUUUUCCCACUCGUUACCAAGCUAUGUAUCGCCUAUUCCUGGGACACAUACUACCUCUUUGGCGGAUGUGAAGGAAGCCUAUUCUGACAUGAUUAAUCCCAACAUUUCUACAUCAAAUUAUCUUUCAUUACCUACUAUUCAUUCCUCACAUAAGUAUGGGUCUUCUGUUUUGUCCGGGUCAAAUAGUAUCCCUUCAAAUUUAUACAAUAUACCUUCUAUGUCUGUUAGUGCUUCCAAUUCAGAGGCUACAAGUUCAUCUGCUGUAGUCAAAUCCAAAAGUUUUACUGCCUCACCGGUUAGUGAUAACUCCAGAGCUCCAUCAACAAGCGGAUCUAUGCUUGUUAAUCUUUUAAACGAAGAUUCACUUUCUACUUCCAUUCCUUUGGUGUCUCCAUCCAGUAUGACAGAUCGUCACCACUACAAUCCCAGUCAUUCGUUAACAAAUCUUCAAAAUAGUCCCCUCACUUCAGCUGCGAGCAGUAUAAACGUUUCUAAUAGUCGACUUCCUGGCUUGAUGUUAUCCAAUAGCUCUCAACUCCCUAGUUCAGAUGCACAGUUACCCCAAGGGUGUGGGAAACCUUUAAGUUCAUCUGCAACAAACCUUACUCCGAAUAGUUCCCAGUACCCUUCCGUUCGUAACUCCAGUUUAAUCACUCCUAAUACUGGUCGUACCAAACAUACAAGCUUAAAGAACAGUCAAGCUAGUUUAACUGUUAACCCCACAAGUAAUCCUAAAAAACCUCGUAAAAGGCGUCGAGGAACGGUGGAAGGUAGUUUCCGAUGCAUUAGUAGUCAAAAAGGCAAUACACCUGUUCCUGGUGUAUAUUCUAACUAUCCCACUACAAAGCACCAGCGUGUCGACACCGUUUUACCGACUACCAGUAUCUCAUUGUCAGGAACCUACCAGCGCCCUACUUUUAAUCAAACAAAUUCAAAUUUCUCUUCAUGUUCACUGCCAUAUGUCCAACAGAGUACGGCAGCAUCUACAGUGCAAAGUAUCAACAUGCAAAUCCCUAACCCUAGUAAAUCGGUCUAUGACUUCGACGAUAACCCCAGUUCAAUGUUCGAUGUCCCGGUCGGUAAUAUAUCGUCCUCCAACUCCUUAUCGUUUUCAAGCGGUUCUUCAUUAACAAGUCCUAAAUCUGGUGUGUCUGUAAACCCAUUACAGUCUGGUAGCCUGGCAGUUAGUAAUACCAAUCCAAUUUCGAAUUUUCCUGUGACAACAAUGAUGUCAUCAAAUUCAAAUUUAGAACGAACUAUCGAACGUAAAACUAGUCUGAAGAUGACGAUAAAAACAAUACCAUCUCAACCGAUUACUUCAACUCCUAAAGCAAGAGUAAACUUUAACCAGAAUGAAGUUGAUAAAUACAACAAACUCCAGUCUGUCCAAUCAAAUUCGACCCCUAUUAAUACAUCGGACUCUGGAGGUACAGUUCAUCCAGCUCAACCUUUGCCAUCCGUUAAAAAACGUAAAAAACGUUCCGUAGAGGGCAAACCAUCAGCAUAUAUGUUACAAAUGCUUCAGCUUGCCAACUGCUCAAUAAGUGGUUCUGAUGCCUCAGUUACCACUACUAGUGUUACUACUGGGGCUUCUGGAGUUCCUAGUCAGUCAGCAAUUACUCCUCUUGUACUUAACAGCUCUGGUUUAAAACAAAUCAAAAGUACGAAUAAAUUAGUUGGUCAUGGUUCUGUCUUAGUGAAAAAGGAACGUAAGCGUCGUUUAGGUCAUGGCUUCACAGAGAAGACUCAUUUUUCCUUCAUUCCAAAUAGUAAUACUUAUAACCAGGCACAAGAAACAGCUGACAAUUCAAAUAUACCGAAGCUGAUAAAAAUAAACCGUGUUUCCCGACCACCAACUUCUGAUGUACCCAGAGAUAAUCAAACGGGAUCAGGUACGACUCCUAAUUUGUAUAGUAACUGUAUUUCAAUGUCCCCCAACUCAUCAUCAAAAAAGAAGGUUUCUGCACUUAAUUCUACUCCGCUUGGGACUGGUGCUGGAACUAGUUCCGGGAGUGAUGAUAUGAUGGUUGCCAAGAGGUUGUUUUCUUCAUCGGCUUCACCCUUAGUAAGCGGUGACAAGCGCAAGCGCAAUCCAGAAACUUCGAAGCAGUCUAACAACUCUCAGUCUGCUCAUCCUAAUUCAGGUACCUCAAGUGAUUCUGCAUUUAUAUCUUCCCCCCUACUUCCUUGUACUAGUUCAGAUCCACCUACCAACAGUAACACAUCACGUAAAACACCUCGUCCAUCAUUACAUACAGCACCUAAUUUACCUCGUGUUCCACAUACUCCCACAAGUAAAUCUCAACCUGUUCAACAAAGUAGUACUCUCAAUUAUUUAUCCUCCAGUUCAGUAUGUACUCCAAAUCCAGCUUCUGUAAGUGUUGUUGGUUCUUCAUCUGGAUUAAUUAAAGGCUAUAAGAUCCCUAAAAAGAAAAGUACAACCACUGGCUGUUUACCAAGUGUAUCUUUAUCGGACGCAAGUGGGGACAAGUCAAUUGGAAUGUUGUCUACCACACUUCAGCAAAUACAAGAAAGCGUUUCAUCCUACAGGGAUACACCAGAUUCUCAAUCUCCAGAAAAAUCUGACGAAUCCAGUCUAACUAUUGUUGAAAAUAUGUAUCCAAGUUCUAACGAUCCUAAUCUAGAGGGCGUAGAUCCAAUAAAUGCAGUUGUGUACAAUGCAAAUAUAAAUGAUGCAGCAAAUAAUACUGAUGACAAUUCUUCAAUCCCGUCCGAUUCAGUUUCAGGCUUUACGGCCCCUAAUACUGAGAGCUGUUCACAAUCCAUCCUUCAUCCAAUUUCACUGCAGUCCAAUUCGUCCGUUUCAGGACAAUGUUCGCAAUCGUCACAACAGCAGUUUCCCCGUAAAUCUUCAGUGAAAAGUAUUAGUGAUAUUGUUGAUAAAUUACGGGCAAAAUCUACGACUAGCAUAACUUCAUCUACUUCAACAAUUAUCAGUGAUUCAUCGAAUGUCGGAAGUUCUGACACAACAGCAAUCACUUCAUAUGAAGUUAAAGAUUCUACAAUAAAUUCAAUGCUCUCUGAUAAUCCAAGCUGUGUCCGCAGUAUAACUAAAAAAAAUGAUGAAUUUCAAGAUCAAUGGAGAGACAAUAUCUUCGAGAAAUUUUGUCCAAGUGGGACACCGACACCGCACCAAACAGAAAAUGGUCAGAACAAUAUAUGUAGAUCAGAUUCUGAAGUGGAUUUGAGCACAUCAAUUGAAAAUAGUGAAGAAUCUGUAUGGACUAGUGGAAAUAAAGAACCAGUGUAUGAUAAAGAUGAAAGAAAUAUAUCCUCAAGUAAUUUAAAUGCUUCAAUGAUUCAUUCGAAUACUCAGUCUAUCUCAGAUUCAGAGGGGAAACAAGGCAAACAACAAUUUGAGUGUAUUAAAGCUAAUACUGAUACACCAGCAUCACCUACUGAAUUGUUAACCACGGUGCCCACAUCUAAUUCAAAUAUGUCAAGUAAGAUUAUCCCUAUAUCUCCCACAAGUAUGAAGUGUCUCAACUCCACUGGUUCAAUAUCGGGUUCUAAUAUGAAGCCCAACAUAGUACGACAUAGCUCUUUACGUUUCGAAAAGAAAACUGGAUCUGGGCGUUAUUCUCGAUUAGGGGGAGGUGUAAAUGGAAUGAUGAUGCAUGGGGGUCUUGUUCAACGUAGCAAUUCUGAUAAUUACAGUCAUUCUAGCGGUUUACAUGGUCAUUCAAAUCGUCUCCCACGUGGUGGAAUGAAUAAUCCGGAAUACUGGCACAAAAACAAACGUCAUAAUAAAGCACCAAAUUUUAAACCACCAUCGAAUUGGGGUCCGAUGAAUAUGGAUUAUGGUAACAUGGGUGUAGCACCGUCGUCUUCUUCAUCUUCUGCUCCUGGUUCAUCAUCCAUCGAUAUUAAUAAUAGUGGGAAUAUGGGUCAUUGGAUGAUGCCUUCUGGUGGAAAUAUCAAUCAGAAUAAUCCAAAUAUGAUGCAGUAUAAUAAUCCACAUUCUAUGCAACAUCAUCCAUAUCAUUCAGCCCUUAAUAAUAGACCUAUGCGACCAAGUUAUAAUCUGAAUGGAACUGCCGGGCAUAAUCCAUACAAUACUGAAUGUCUUCAAUCAAUCAAAGCUGAUGUUGUUUUUCUUUUAGAUGGAACUCAAUUAAUUGAUAAAUUUUCAUUUGAUUAUUAUGUGAAAGAUUAUUUGAAUGAUUUUGCUAAAAAGCUAUCGAUCAAAAGUAAUGGAGUAUUAAUUUCGGUCAUUUUAUUUACGGAUCAACUAUAUUUUGCAGUGAAACCAGAACAUUCUAUAAAUUUGCCUAGUUUAUUAAUGGCAAUAAAUAAUAUGAAACAACCUGAUAAAAAUUUAAUGAAAUCCGAUAUCAUCUAUGCAAUUUCAAACAUUUUAAAUUUUGGAUUUAUUCCAAUACAUAAUGCAGAUACACAAAAUAUUACACGAAUGCUUAUUCUACUUACAAAUGGUAAUAUUCCAGAGAAAAUACAACAUAAAAAUAAUCAGAUUCUUAUUAAAUCAGAUGAAAUUAUACAUAAAUUACAUAAACGUGUAGAUUAUGUGUUUAGUAUAGGAGUACCAGGUGCUAAUCAACUAGGUGUACGUAGAUUAGCUAAACCUUCACAUUAUACUUUUACACUAACUGAAUUUAAUGGUUAUAAAGAGUUAGAUUUAAAAAAUUUCGAUCCUACUGAAGUAAUUUGCCCCGUGAAAAUUCCAAAAUAUUGUAGUGAAAUUAAAAGAUUACUAACAUUAAAAAAGCCCAUUGAAAAAGUGAAUGGACAAACAGCCGCUGUAAAUCCCUGGUAUCAAUAUGCAUAUCAACAGAGACGUUCGGGUAUGAGACAAACGAGAUAUAGAUAUCCUUACAGUGAUUAUGAAUAUUAUUACGAUUAUGGUGAUUAUAAUGAAAGAAAACAGCUUCCGGUACGUCCAGUUAGUGUACCAUAUCAAAAAAGCAAAACAAAUGAUGAAGCAUUAAACACAAAGCUUAUAGAAUUAUUGUAUUUACUAAAAGAUCAUGACAGUAGGCAAAAGAAAACUGGUUUAGUAAAGUUGAACCCCAUCAUUACGGCUACCACCACAGCUCCAACCAUCAUAUCUACAAUUUCAUCAAACUACUAUAAAUCCUUUCAAGAUAAAUUAAAGAGCAAAAAAUUUAACAGAGAAAGAUAUAGCUCAUCUCCUAUAUCACCUUCAUAUUCAAUAUCUGAUGAUACUAGACAAACGAUACAAAACGAACCACAUACAAAUUACUCAAUAAUGAUGAAUCAAUCUAAUUUAAACAACAGAACUGAAAACAAUUGUGAAGUAAAAUUAAAUAAGAUGGCAAAUCUAUUAUUAAAAUUAAUUGAACAAACUCUUCAUAGAAAUUAUUCAAGUUCAACAGUCCAUGGAAAUUCGAGUAUUAAUAAUAGUUCCACUGAAUUACUGAAACCAGCCAGUAUAAGUUAUUCAUUAAAUAGUUCACAAUAUGCUUACCCAGGAGUAUCUACACUCAAAAAAGGAGAACCUUUAACAUCAAUAAACGAAAGCUACGGGGGAAAUAAACCACCGCUAAGCAAUGAUAAGAAUAAUUCACAAAUUAGUAAACAGUAUAAAGAUCGAAGUUACCAUUCAACUUAUAAAGCACAUUUUCAAGCUACAGAUUGGGAAGAUUCUGCUAUGCACAAUGGAGCAAUUCUAAUGUUUGCAAUGAAGUCUCGUUCUGGGUUAUCAAUAAAUAAGAUGUACUUUUCCAGCAGGAAUAUUACAAACAUAUCAAAUAAAAAUACAGAUUCCAAUGAAAUAACAACUAAUCAUACUACUGGCGACAUGGAUAUAAGUAGUAAGAUGUCAAAUAGUUGGUAUAAGCAUGAUUUAUUUGAUCAGUGGUAUAGUGGAUCAUAUAAAUAUGUAUUAUUUGAAUUAUGGUCUAAUAAUAAUCCAGUCGUUCAACUAAGAUUCAAUGCACGAUACUCAGAUAAGUAUACAUGGUUCAAUAAAUUGUUUUUAAAAACUUCGUAUCCUUGGAAUGAAUAUGAACUUUUGGAAAAGGCUAAAUUCAUCCUCACAAGCAAUGAAGCAUUCUCCGUAGUUUUUGAUCCAAAUUAUAUUGUCCUUUUAUCAUCGGUUGAUUAUAGUACAAUUGAAAAGUUGAAGAGAGAACGAAUAGAUUGUGAAUUCCUACGAGGUUAUAUAUUAAUUGUUGACAAUCCUAACUCAGCAAUUUCCCGAUGUGAAUGGAAUAAUGCAAUCAAUUCGAAAUAUAAUAAUUUCCCAAACACCAGUAAUUAUCAUGAUUAUCCACAAAUUUUCUACACAUUGCCAAUAAAUUCCCAUCAAGAAGAUAGUUUAAAUUAUCAAUUACCACCAAAAUUUUCAAAUUAUUUAUUUACAUUAUAUGAAGCUGAUGAACUACGUAUUUAUGUCAUACCAUAUGGGUUAAUGCCUAGUAAAAAUGAUGGCAUUUUAUUACCACAGCCUAACAAAUUAUUAUUUGUCCUUGAUACAGGCAUCAAUUUAUCAUUUAAAAAAUUAUGGUAUCAAGAAAUAGCCAGUCCACCUAGUGCAUUUCCACUAAAACGUAAAAUCCUAUGCCAUUGUUGGUAUCGUAACGAGUUAUUAAACAACUGGUAUAAACCCAAAACACAUUAUCAUACGCAAAAUACCAACCAUUUUUUAACAUCGAAUUUAUUUUUCGGUUUCCAAAGUAUUAAGAUUGAAUUACUUGAUCAAAUUGGUCAUGUGAAAUGUUGUUUAAUAUUUGAUACACAUGGUGCACAAGUAAAUUCUUGGUUUUCACUAACACGCUUAAAAUAUUCGUGGCCGUGGUCAAUUAAAACAUUAACUAAAUAUAAUUUUGUACAAUUUGGUGAUCAAAUAUUAACUAGUGGUAAGAAACAUUAUUUAUCGUUGAGAAAUUGGUCGAAUUUCAACUUUUGGAUUGGUAAACAAACGUUGUUAAUUGAACCAUCAUCCAAUGCGAAACGAACUACUUAUGCAAUAAAAUGUUUAAGUAUAUUUCUAGUUUACAGUAAAAAUAAUGAAUCUGACCAUUUUAAAUUACCAGAAUGUAUGAAAGGUCAAACUAAUUUAUUUAAGAAUACAACCACAUUAACAAUAUUAGCUUUUAAUGAAGAAUUAACAGAACUGAAUAAUAUGAAAAAAGCUCAACAAAUUACAAUCUGGUCAAAUUAAUAACAAAACCAAAAUACUUUAUACAAUAAACAAUCGUACAUAUAAUUUAUUUGUACCAAACGAAAAUCUUUACUGCUUUAAGGUUUAAUUUAUUGUGACAGUAAAU